CUUUCCCUCUCACAUUCUCGCCGGCGUCAGCUAUUAGCACCGUUUAGCGGAGAAGAGCUCUCUGGAGCCGCCACGUCUCACCGAUCAUACUACGACAUCUCUUCUUCUUUUACUUUCUUCACUCUUCUGUCCUGGUGAUCGCUUCGUUGGACUUUCCUGGGGGAAACUAUGGGUGAAGAAGCACCAAUUUUAGAUAUAGAGAGCAGCGAAGAGAACGCGACGAGAAGAAACGAGGACUCGAUGGUAGAUUUAUAUCCGCUUAGCAGCUACUACUUCGGUUCGCGAGACGCUGUUCGCGUCAAGGACGAGAUGAUCGCUGAUCGUGUCGUCAGAUUGAAAUCAGAUUACGCUGCUCAUGGAUUGAGGACUUGCGUUGAAGCUGUUCUUCUGGUUGAGCUGUUCAAGCAUCCUCAUGUUUUACUUCUUCAGUAUAGAAACUCCAUCUUCAAGCUUCCUGGUGGUCGUUUGAGACCUGGUGAAUCAGAUGUUGAUGGUCUGAAACGCAAGCUCGCAUCAAAGCUUUCAGUUAACGAGAACGUUCUUCUUCCGGGUUUGGAGGUAGGAGAAUGCAUAGGGAAGUGGUGGAGACCAAACUUUGAGACAUUAAUGUAUCCCUUCUUGCCACCCAAUGUGAAACACCCUAAGGAAUGCUUAAAGCUUUUUCUUGGGAGACUAGCGUUACAUCAACAGUUUGUCGUGCCUAAAAACUUCAAGCUCCUCGCUGUUCCCUUGUGCCAACUCCAUGAGAACGAAAAGACUUAUGGGCCAAUCAUAUCGCAGAUUCCCAAGCUUCUUUCCAAGUUCUCAUUCAACAUGAUGGAGAUAUGAUGAACAAACCUUUUGUAUGUGAUUAUAUGUGUUUGGUGAAAUCUUUUGUAUGUGAUUAAACUAAUAUGCGUACGGAUGUGGUAAAAAGCUUUGUUCUAAUUGAUUAGAGAGUAGUAGACAUGAACUACAUAGACUUAUUAUUCUACACGAUAUUUCUUCAUACGUGUGAUUAUUAAUAUUGUAGACAUGUAUGCUUCUGUGGUUCAAGAAAAAAAAAAGACAUGUGUGCUUU